UCACACCGCAGUCUUAAGCAGGCCACCAAACUUGCCUUCCGACAGGUCCGUGAAUGGGGUAUGUCUAAGACGCUUGGAAAUCUUAGCUUUGAGGUGGAUGCGAAUAAUGAAUAUUCUAGUGUUCGUCCCUACAGCCAGUGGACCCAAGAGAUCAUUGAUGCGGAGGCCAAUGGGCUAGUUUCUACUGCUUUCUAUCGGGCGGUUGAUCUGUUAAAAGCCAAUCGAACUCGAUUAGAUUGCCUUGUCAAUGCACUAAUGACUGAGGAGACUCUUGAGACAGAGCGACUUCUCCAACUGCUCGGUCCUCGAGCUUCUGAGACAGCCUAA